GUUGGUUUAUGGAGAAGUCAAGAUGGCUGUGAACCUCAGGCAGAGGGAAGAGCCUGCUGUACGAAGGCCGUGAAUGAAGUUUUGAAUAAAAUAUCCCGUUUAGACUUGAACCACCGUGCUAUUGAAGGUGUAACCAUCCUGUGGAGGACUUGAUACAAACACAGACAGCAACAGGAUAAGAAACACCUGAGGAUAAAGUGUCGUAUGAAUUCCGACGAGAAGGAGGACUAGAAUACGAGGAGCCUGAAAUAGCAAACCCAGAAGCAAGCCGAAUGUAAGUCGAACUUGUGUUAUACUUGUAAUUCCAUACGCUAUAUAUACUGUCUGAUUGUGUGUCUAUGCAUGUAGGACUGCACCCCCUCCACACCGCAGAUCUGUUCUGUUCUCACUUCUUGUUUUUGUAGAAACCUGUUGACAGUUUUGUUGUUGCCAUGUAUGUAAUUGGUGAACCAAAGUGACACAGCUUUGCAGAAAAGUGACACUAGAAUGCUUCUAUGGAAGAGGUCUCUGCAAAUAUGUUUUUCCAGGUUGAUCCUUUGGUAGUGCAGAGCAUUGAAGUAUUAUAUACAGUUUGAAAAUGAUGUCAUUAUUUAACGAGGCUGGUUCAAUUAAAAAUAGCAUUAGCAUUUUUAAAUCUGUAAGACAUGGUUGAACGCUUGGUGUAUAAAGAUAGUGCUUUAAAUAGACCUGAAUUGUUUUGUUCAUAAUAGGCCAAGAAUGAUAUGUUUUGCCCAAAUUAAAGAGAGCCUUUAAAAAAGAGAAACUCGUAUCUGUCAACAAGGCUCUAUCACAUCCGGCUGAUAUGUGAGUUAGUGUAAUUACCGUUCAGAGUUUUCUGAACACUCCAACGUAUUGAAUGUGUCGCUUAACAAGGAUCAAUCUGAGAGUGCAGAAUAUGGAUGCUUGUCAGCUAGAGUCAACCAUUAAAGAAAGAAAACAAACACGUGUUGCAUACAUUUAUAUUUAUGAAUGCAAUGUAUGAAAGCCAAACUACAGCUGCAACUGUCCUGGGUUGUUAGAAGAGAUUAAAACUCAACUCCUAACUUAUAAGAUGUGAACUAUUUUCUGCAACAUCACUCUCCUAAUGUACUAAUUACUGUUAAUGAUGAAAAUAGGUGACAACAUGUUGUGCUUCACCUCUGAGUGCAGGAAGCGAGCAGCUGCCAAACAUCUAAUAGAGCGCUACUACCACCAGUUAACAGAAGGCUGUGGGAAUGAGUCGUGCUCCAACUCCUGGUGUGCCUCAUCAGUCGGUUUCAACCGCAUGGAUAACAACGCAGCGGCAGUCAAAGCGCUGGAGCUCUACAAGGUCAACGCUAAGCUAUGUGACCCCCACCCCUCAAAGAAAGUCACUGCCUCAGCCUACCUGGGCAGUAGCGCUCACAGCAACUCAGCCUGCAGCAACAGCCAGUUGAACCAUAAAGAUUCCCACUCUGUCCGGGACAAUUUCAAAGAUGUGAAUUACCUGACAGAGGAGAAAGUGUACGAGAUUUUGGACAUCUGUGGAGAGCAGGAAGAUUACUCGCCUCUGAUCAGGGUAAUAGGCCGGGUGUUCUCCAGUGCAGAGGGCCUAGUUCAGAGCUUCCGGAGAUCCAAACCUCACACUAAGGAGGAGCUCAAGUCCCUUCAAGGUAAGGAUGAGGACAAGGAUGAGGAUGAGAAGGAGGCCGCAGCCUGUUCUGCUACAGCUAUGGAGGAAGACUCCCCUGCCUCCUCUUCAUCGGCUCGGCUCGGCGAGGGCUCCUCAGGGGAAAAUGAAGUCCAAAGGCUCUCCCCUGACGAGCUGUCGGUGGACAUUGACGCUGUGCGGCGGGUCUAUGAGCGGCUGCUUUCCAAUGAGAAGAUAGAAGCCGCCUUCCUGAAUGCGCUGGUCUACCUCUCACCCAACGUGGAGUGCGACCUGACGUACCACAACGUUUAUUCACGAGACCCAAACUACCUGAACCUGUUCAUUAUAGUGAUGGAGAACAGCAACCUCCACAGCCCAGAGUACCUGGAGAUCGCCCUGCCACAGUUCUGCAAGGCAAUGAGCAAACUCCCCCUGCCAGCUCAGGCCAAGCUGGCUGGCUUGUGGUCUCACUACAGCGCGGAGCAGAUCCGGCGCAUGGUGGAGACCUUCCAGCAGCUCAUCACAUACAAAGUGAUCAGCAACGAGUUCAACAGCCGCAACCUGGUCAACGACGAUGAUGCAGUGGUGGCAUCCACCAAAUGCUUGAAGAUUGUCUACUAUGCAAACGUGCUCGGGGGUGACCUCGACAUGGAGCACAACGAGGAAGAGGACGAGGAGCCCAUCCCAGAGUCAAGUGAGCUCACUCUGCAGGAGCUGCUGGGUGAGGAGCGGCGGAACAAGAAGGGCCCCCGGGUGGACCCGCUGGAGACAGAGUUGGGGAUCCGCACCAACGAUUGCCGGCGGCCGCUCAUUUCCUUUGAGGAGUUUGUCAACGAGCCUCUAAAUGAGGUGCUGGAGAUGGACAAGGACUACACUUUCUUUAAGGUUGAAACUGAAAACAAGUUCUCCUUUAUGACAUGCCCUUUCAUUCUGAAUGCCGUCACAAAGAACCUGGGUCUGUAUUACGACAACCGCAUCCGCAUGUACAGCGAGCGGCGCAUCACUGUGCUCUACAGCCUGGUGCAGGGUCAGCAGCUCAAUCCCUAUCUGAGGCUCAAAGUGCGCCGAGACCACAUCAUUGACGACGCGCUGGUCAGGCUGGAGAUGAUAGCAAUGGAGAAUCCUGCAGACUUGAAGAAGCAGCUGUAUGUGGAGUUUGAGGGAGAGCAAGGUGUGGAUGAAGGAGGUGUCUCCAAAGAGUUCUUCCAGCUGGUGGUGGAGGAGAUUUUCAACCCUGAUAUUGGCAUGUUCAGAUACGACGAGCACACCAAACUGUUUUGGUUCAACCCCUCAUCAUUUGAAAAUGAGGGCCAGUACACUCUGAUCGGAAUCGUUCUGGGCCUGGCCAUUUACAACAACUGUAUUCUGGAUGUCCACUUUCCUAUGGUGGUCUACAGGAAGCUGAUGGGGAAGAAAGGAACCUUUAGGGACCUGGCUGACGCCAACCCGGUUCUGCACCAGAGUCUGAAGGAGCUGAUGGAGUACGAGGGCAGCGUGGAAGAGGACAUGAUGAUCACUUUCCAGAUUUCCCACACAGACCUGUUUGGGAACCCGCUCAUGCAUGAUUUAAGGGAAAACGGGGACAAGAUUCCAGUAACGAAUGACAACAGAAAGGAGUUUGUGGCUCAGUAUGCAGAGUACAUGCUGAACAAAAGCGUGGAGAAGCAGUUCAAGGCGUUCAGGAGAGGCUUCCACAUGGUCACCAACGAGUCCCCGCUCAAAUACCUGUUCAGGCCGGAGGAGAUCGAGCUCCUCAUCUGUGGAAGCAGGAACCUGGACUUCCUAGCACUUGAAGAAACAACAGAGUACGAUGGAGGCUACAACAGAGACUCUCGAAUCAUCAAGGAGUUCUGGGAGACGUUGCACUCCUUCGGUGAGGAGCAGAAGCGCUUCUUCCUGCAGUUCACCACCGGCACUGACAGAGCACCUGUGGGGGGGCUGGGCAAACUGAAGAUGAUCAUUGCUAAGAACGGCCCCGACACGGACAGGUUACCAACGUCUCACACUUGCUUUAACGUGCUGUUGCUGCCCGAGUACAGCUGCAGGGAGAAGCUGAAGGAGAGACUGCUGAAAGCCAUCACCUAUGCCAAAGGGUUUGGCAUGCUCUGAGCCCCUGCUCCAUCACGGUGAAACGGACUCCUUCUCAGCAAGCCCAUGAAACCCUGCACCGCCUUUCCUUAUCAGACACAACUGAAAAGGUGACAGAAGACAGGCAAGAGUAUGAUUUCAGGAAAGUCCUUCAUGAAAGAGGAGCAAUGGUUCCACUAGAGCUGCAGUAGUUCUUCUGCUGUGCCUGCAUCAUCCUCCAUCAGUCAUCGUAAGCAGAGAGACCUCCUGAUCAAACCCCCCCCCCACAUCCACAUUAUGUGAGUGUGAAGCAGUCUCCCCGUCUUUUCUAUGUACGGAGGAUCAUGCUCCUUAUUAUUUAUUUUAAGGUUAAGAUGGGUUAUUUUCAUGCCUGCCUUUUUGUGAAAGUGACAUACUUGGGGAGGGUUAAUGUUAAACGCUGUAAAUCUGGGACAGUUCAUUAAGAAUCAAUCAAACCCCGUUAUUGAACAAAUCUAAGUUAAAGCAGACCUGAACUCUCCCCGUUCUCAGACAGUGGACAGAGAAAAGGUAGUCUCUACCACAAAAUAUGGAACUCCCCACAGGAUCUCUGACCAUUCCACUCACAGCCAUCAGCUAGUGCUUCUACUUAACCCAUGAUUGAACAAGGUACACAGUUAGAUCACAUUAUGGAACAGCUGUUUUUUGUUUGUUUUUCAUUGGGGUGGGGGGGGUGGGGCACCGCAGGUUAGACUAAAAUCAUGUCAGAGCUGUGUAAGUGCACUUAGACAUUUUCAGAAUGUUUGUUUUCUGGCCACAGGUCGCUAUGAUUGUUUGAUUUAUUUCCAUGUCUUCCUGUGUUGACGAUUCUAAAUAAAACAGUAUUUAUAUAUCAGCGCGGUUGGAACUAUGUGCACGUUCUGGAGGAUCAUGUAGACAAGUCUCUGAUGAUGAUCUCAGACCUGGAGCUCUUCUUGUGCCAAGCUGACAGUCAGUGGAGAGGUGAAACCCCCGGCUGAGUGUCACACUGAUAAGCCCACAUGAUGUCUGACAGCUCUGUGAUGCUCAGUCCAUCGGACCUGUGUCUCUGGCUGUGGUUCCACCUUUCCAUUUAAUACAUCAUGUAUCUAGCAUAGAGUCCAAAUGAGUAAAGUGAGGUAGAGAACUGUUGACAGUGACAUUUUAAAAAUGGAACUACUUUAGGGCACAUCUUGACGUUUUGACCUGGAGGAAUUCAAAUAUCAUCGCUGUGUAUAUUUCAGUUUCACAUAUGUAGCAAGGCCAGGCUAACGGUCCUCCUGCUCCCUCUGUCCUGAGUUAGCUGAACAUGUCCUGGAUUGUCUUGCUGGCUCUGGGUUGUGUUGCCACUGUCAAUGACUGCAGGUGUUACCACUGUCGAUGGAAGAGUCUAACAAUGUGUUUAACAGCACUUUUACUGUGAAAGCAUCCUCCAACAGAACAGGGUCGUAGUUGUUUUUGUUGAGCAGGCUUUACCCUUUAAACCCUGUCUGCGCCUCACACAGACCUUCAGUUUGUUGCAUUAAGCUCAUCCAGUUACUAUGGUAAGUGUACUACAGUCUGUUUCCAUUUAAGGACAAACCUGUGUGCAUUUCUUUAAUGAAAUCAGAUUUUCUUUUCUACUAUUCUGUGCAUCCAGCGCAUCAACCACUUGGUGAACAUCCACUGUGCAUUACUUAUGUCCAAGUCUGAUUCUGAGCUAGUGCAGUGACGACUUUCAAGCCAGGCUUUACUUAGAUUACACAUCUCAUGAGUCUGCUCAUAUAUUUCUUACCAGCAGGAAAUGAAUGCCAAUGGUGACCUUGAAGAGUGUAAAGAGUACACCCUGUAAAGCAGACAUUUGGACAUCAGAAAGAAAAGAUUCUACACAGACAGCUAACACACCGGCCCUUUCAUCAGACUGGUUAUUAAAUGGACCAGUCGGUGAAUGCAGCUGGCUCAGGUGUAACCACUUGACCCACGUAUUGUUCAAUCAGUAGUGGUCGUACAGGAAGUACAGAGGGAAUCUCUUUCAAGAUGUGAAUCCUCCUAGAUCUUUCUCUAGCUGUUUGCUUUUAACGUCCAGUACCAUCGAGAGUCACCAGAAACAGACAACAUCCACUGUCUGCGAAACCCCAGAGCACGAGAGAGAUCCAGGAGGACACUCACAUGUUCAGAGCAGAUGUGUGACGUCAUGUCUUGGAGAGGAUCUGAUGUGUGUUUCGGCUGCUCGGCCUGCAGCAGAGCCCCUGGGCCCUUCUCUGUUCCAUUGCUCUUCCUUUGUCAUGCUUUCAGCCGGACCUGGGCCAAAUACAUACUUAGUAUUGAUGUUUUUAACCUUCACUGGAGUCCGUUUGUGGAGUGCCUGGUGAUGCAUUGGACUGUACUGCAUGUUUAACGGUGCAGCAGCCUCAACCCUGUGGAGCUCCUGUGUCGGUUAAAACCAAGGAUCUCUAGCAGCGGGUAUUGAGCCCAGGUCUGGCGUCGGCUGUCCAGCAUCGCUGUCACCCUGUUGCUCACGUGGACGUGUGAAAGGUCAACCUGAGUUUGGAAAGGGAAGCCGUUUUCUUCAAUAUAAUUACACUCGGAAACAAACUGAUGAAAGGCUACAUGUAUUCAGUGUUGUUAAAACAUGCUAAAUAAAUAAAUAAAUGACAGCUUUUUUCCAACUUG